AGCUAUAGAGACUGGAGCUGUGCAGUGUUCAUUAUUUGCUCUUUUCGCUGCGUUCGUUUUCGUCACGAGAUCAAUUGUAUUCAAGAUGGACUAUCGUUUACCUUUCCUAGCAGCGAUUGCUCUUGCAGCUUGUUUUCUGUCUCAGUCAAGAGCUGGUCCGAAUGAAUGCGCAUACGAUUACUACACGACUGCAUCGAGUCGAAGCAAAGAAAGAUCAAGGUACUAUUCUAAAUGUGGUUGGUUGAAUCUCAGUCGAUGUACAAGAACGAGAUAUUAUUAUUAUACUUCCUAUUACUCUACCCGAGCAACUCGUCAAGAUUGUUGUAGCGGAUGGAAAAAGAAUUCGAAUGGACAGUGUAUAGUUCCAAUAUGUAAUCCGAGCUGUCAACAUGGUGGCACGUGCUAUCACCCGAAUACGUGCAGAUGCAGAGAUACCGACGAAUUUUAUGGAGAAAAAAAUUAUUGCAACCUCACAUGCCCGUAUAUUCCGAAAUGUAAAAUGGAGCAGUGCACGAGUCCUCAUAUAAUGGCAAGUGUCGGGAAUGCCAUUCGAAUGCCAGUCCGACUUCCAUCGCAUACGAAAUGUCUCCAAACAGAGAGAAAUGUGUUUUUCGCUGUUCUUGGUUGAAUAAUUGGUGUUGGCCUGGCUAUUGUACAGGCAGUGACUACGCUAACGAUACGUGCACAUGCGCACCAGGCUUCUAUGGAAGUCCAAAAUGUUUGCAAG